UUAUUCAUUGACGAACGUGUAAAUCAAAAUGUUGCAAUUAACCUGAAACUUAAUGCUCCUUUAUUAUAUGAAUUUAUUUUAGGCAACCGGUUUUAUUUUACCACUUCCUAAAGAUGGCUGUGGUCUGGGCCGGCCCGAUCCCGACCCUGACAAUGAAAAAGCCCGGCCUGGGCACGAAAAAAGCCCGGUCUGACACGAGCACGAAGUCGUGGGCGGUCUUGGGCCACAAUUUUUUUUUGAAAUAGCGUGACAAGGCAUGACACGAGUCGACCCGACACGACAAAUCACGCUAAAUUUAGAAAAUUUUGACUUAGGCACGAGCACGACAGCCUGUGGACUUGGGCCGAGUCUGGACCCUGUUUGAACCUUUUAGCCCGGCCCACAGCCAUCUUUACCACUUCCCCAACGCCGGCCCACUUUAAGCAGUUGAUAGUUGAAGUCUUUCCCCUCAAAUUCCCGCCUUUCUCACCCACAAAACAAACAUCUAACAUUCAAACAUCCUUAAAAUUUAGAGCAACAAAAAUCAAAUUUCUGAUGAUCAACCACAUAAUCUCAAACUCCAGAUUCCUCACUCACCUUCCAAAUCCUCUCUCCAUAAUCACCCCAUCAUUUCUCCACACUCGUUCUCUCUCCCCUUACAAACCAAAACCCAGCAACUGGAACACUAAUCACUCCUUCGUAAGAUCAAAUCCAAUUCUAUCUCUCCUCGAAAAAUGCAAUUCCAUGGCGCAAUUGUUUCAAAUUCAAGCUCAAAUGAUCACUUCUGGGCUCAUCUUAGACGGGCUUGCUUCAAGUCGAUUAAUUGCAUUUUGUGCGAUCUCUGAAGCUGGUGAUCUUGAUUAUUGUGAGAAAAUUUUGAAAUUUGUUGAUAACCCUAAAGUUUUUUCAUGGAAUAUUGCAAUUAAGGGUUAUUCAGAGAGUUUAAUUCCGAUUAAAUCUGUUGUGUUGUAUAAAGAAAUGUUGAAAAUUGGUGAGUGUCGUCCUGAUAAUUAUACUUAUCCUUUGGUUUUUAAGGUUUGUGCUCGUUUGUUGUUGAAUUAUACUGGUUAUGGGAUUCUUGGGCAUGUUUUGAAAUUGGGAUUGGAUUCGGAUGUGUUUGUGCAUAAUGGAGUUAUUCAUAUGUUGGUAUCCUGUGGUCAUUUGGAAGAUGCACGCAAUGUGUUCGAUGAAAGUUGUGUGAGAGAUUUGGUUACUUGGAAUUCUUUGAUCAAUGGCUAUGUACAUUGUGGGAAGGCUAGGGAAGCUUUGAACCUUUAUGAGGAAAUGAGGGAGGAGGGAGUAAGGCCAGAUGAGGUAACAAUGAUUGGUAUGGUUGCGUCAUGUGCACAAAUGGAGGAUUUGAGUCGAGGGUUGGAGUUUCAUCGUCUUAUUGGUGAUUGUGGACUGGUUAUGACCGUCCCACUUUGUAACGCGUUGAUGGAUAUGUAUGUUAAAUGUGGUGAUCUUAACUCUGCAAAGGAGAUAUUUGACAAUUUGAGGAAGAAAACCAUGGUUUCUUGGACAACAAUGGUAGUGGGGUAUGCUAAAUUUGGAUUCUUGAAUGAGGCUAGAAAGCUGUUUGACAAGAUGCCUGAGAAAGAUGUGGUGCCGUGGAAUGCCAUGAUUGGUGCAUAUGUUCAAGCAAAGUGUAGUAAAGAAGCUUUGAUUCUAUUUCAUGAAAUGCAGAGUUCAAGUGUUACACCUGAUGAGAUUACUAUGGUUAACUGUUUAUCUGCUUGUUCCCAUUUAGGAGCACUUGAUUUUGGGAUAUGGAUUCACCGCUACAUCAAUAAGAAGAAUCUUUCUUUGAAGAAUGUUUCAUUGGGUACAGCUCUUGUUGAUAUGUAUGCCAAAUGUGGUAACUUUGAGAAGGCGGUUGAAGUUUUCCAUGAAAUGCCGUUGAAGAACUCAUUGACAUGGACUGCUAUCAUUGGAGGGUUAGCCCUUCAUGGAAAUGCAAAUGAUGCUUUAUCAUACUUUUCAAAAAUGGUUGAUGAUGUUGGAUUGGUACCAGAUGAGAUCACAUUCCUUGGAGUUUUAGCUGCUUGUUGUCAUGGAGGAUUGGUUGAAAAGGGUCGUAAGUAUUUUACUGAAAUGACCUCCAAAUAUAAUCUAACUCCAAAUGUUAAACACUACUCUUCCAUGGUGGACUUACUUGGAAGAGCAGGAAAAUUAGAAGAUGCAGAAACACUUAUAAAGAGUAUGCCUAUGGAACCAGAUGCUGUUGUUUGGGGUGCUUUGUUCUUUGCUUGCCGUACUCACGGAAAUGUGAUAAUGGGUGAAAAAGCUGCUCUGAAACUUCUUGAGUUGGAUCCUGGUGAUGGUGGAAUAUAUGUUUUGUUGGCAAAUAUGUAUGGGGAUGCAGAAAUGUGGGAUAAGGCUAGGAAAGUGAGGAAGAUGAUGAAGGAAAGAAGAGUCGAUAAGACUCCUGGUUGUAGCUCAAUUGAAAUCAAUGGAGUAGUCCAUGAGUUCACUAUAAGAGACAAGACACAUGCUCAAUCUAAAGAGAUAUUUGAAUGUCUUGUUCAGCUGACUAAACAACUCGAGUUGCUUGAAACUGUUUCGAGUAUCAGCACAUAAAGAUGGUUAUGGGCCGACCCGGCUCAAAAAAGCACGACCUCUACCGGGCACGAAAAAAGCACAGCCCGACACGAGCAUGAAGUCGUGGGUUGGGCAUAGGCCGCAUUUUUUUGAAAAAAGCACGACAAGGCACGGCACGACCCGGCACGACAGAGCAACGCUAAAUUUAGUAACAUUAGGCUUAUGCACGACGGUCAGACCCGAUGCGGAACGACAACCCGUGGGCCUGGGCCAUGUCUUGAACUUUUCAGCCCGACCGGCACGAUGCAGAGUGGGCCUGUUUAGGCCCACGCCCAUGGGCUCGGCCCGAAGCCCACCCAUCUUUAUCAGCACAUCAUGGACAACAGUUUUUGUGUAGCAUUUAUGUUAGACAAUUUUUUUGGAGUUACUUGAAGGAUUGUGAUUUAGCAACCUGAAACAUUUGAAGGAAGAUGGUUAGAGACAUUCAACUGAAUGGAAAAGGCUGUUUUCUUCUUGGUAUGCAUAGUUCAUGACAAUAGUGUACUCAAAUUUAAGUACUCCUUACACAUUGCAGAGUUUCUGGAUUUCAAGAACAUCAGCUUGUGAAUGGCAGUAAUACAAAAAGUCCACAAAAUUGCUUAACUUUCAGACUUCUGUCAAAAUUUUCAUCAUCUAUAUGCAAAUUACUCAAGUUUAUGCAAAGUGAGCUCUAUACUGUGUUUAGCUACUCAUGCAGCCCGUUUAAUGCUGACCCGGUCCGACCCUAACUCGGCCCGUUUAACAGUUUCAGUUACAGAUUUGAGCAUUCAAAAGAAAAGUGCCCAGUUGAAGACAUAGAAGUUUGAUUUCAGAGGAUGUUCUGACAAUGGGUUACAACUUCUAGACAAAGAUUGAUUUUCCUUAUAAUAAUUUGGACAACUGAAGCUGUCUCUCAUGCCCUUGAUCUGGGAGGAUUGCGCGGAAUUUUCUAUCUUGGAUAAACCUGCAGUUUUCAGGUGAUUUUUCGAAUGUUGUAAAUUGAGGUGUGAUAUGCAUUAUUGAGCAAUCUGUAAAUUUGUCGAAACACCUGGAAUACUGGAUAGAUCUAUGCUUGUCAAUUUGUCGAAAUAACAGGAAUCAUUCAUACAGGAUUUGCUCAAAUGAG